ACAGUCGUCAGUGCGCUUCCACGUCUCGCUUCUCUCCUCACCGUCUGUUCCUCUCACUGUCGGGAAACGAUUCUGGGAUAAUCUGAAAUGACUUCCGUUAUAUCCGCUAUUUCGUUAUUCGCUCUCGUCGGAAUAUGCCUGGCAGAAGCAAAUUACUUGCCACCUUUAAAUGGAAAUGGAAACGGUAACGGGAAUACACUCAACGGUAAUGGAAAUGGCGUAUACAGGAACGGUAAUGGAAAUGGUAAUGGCGGCAAUGGCAAUGGAGCAUUCGGAAAUGGAAACGGCAAUGGCGGAUAUACCAAUGGUUAUGGUGUGAAUGGAAAUGGAAAUGGCAAUGGUGUCAAUGGAAAUGGAAAUGGUGCAAAUGGUAAUGGAGUAUAUGUUAAUGGAAAUGGUGCAAAUGGCAAUGGGGUAUAUACUAAUGGAAACGGUGUGAACGGAGGAUAUCAGAACGGAAAUGGAGUGACCGUGUACGCCAAUGGCGUUGUGGAUCCCUUCCGAGCUCUGGCCGAUGCCAUUGGCGGCGGAGGCGUCCCAGGUGUGGACUACCCCAUCCUGGCCUUCGUCCCCGCCACCGGCUUCUCCUGCAACGGCCAACUGCCUGGAUAUUACGCCGACACUGCUCCCGAGGCCGGCUGCCAGGUGUUCCACAUCUGUCAGGCAGGAGGCAGGAUCGACUCGUUCCUUUGUCCCAACGGCACAGUGUUUAAUCAGCAAUACUUCGUGUGCGAUUGGUGGUACAACUUUGACUGUUCCACGGCUGAACAGUUCUACGGAUUGAAUGCUGAGAUUGGUAAUAUCAAUGGAAAUGGUUACAGUAAUGGCAAUGGUAACGGAAAUGGAUAUACCAACGGCAACGGUAAUGGUAACGAAAUGGAUAUACGCGGAAAUGGAUAUACCAACGAUCACCAUACCAUAUUACCACGCACAUCACACAGUGACACCACACACCACACCACCGUCCGCUCACUUGAGGCGGACACCAGUGUCUGGCCUGUUUCACACGAGGAAACAACUAGUGUCUGCCACCGGUGUCGGACACUAGUUGCCUCGUGUGAAAGAGGCCUGAAUCAAGGAGGAUUCCACCAAUCUGCGGGCGUGGACAUCAUCGGAAGGAAAGAUAUACGCAGCUGA